GUUCCCUCUAUGUUCACGCAUAUCGGAGAGAGAGAGAGGGUACGUCCAAAUCUAUCCACCCGUCUUUUCGCUGUCGUAAAAAAAAUCCGGACCCUGACCCGGGUUAGACCCGGAUCCGAAUCUCCCACAAUCUUGCAUACCACCCAAAUUCAUUUCUUUCCCCAAAAACUUUUCCUUUCACUUUCCCGGGGAAAUAGCCGACGAAAUCGGAAAAUGUACUCGACGAUUCGCUCGCUCCCUCUCGACGGUGGGCACGCCGGUGACUACCAUGGACCUCUUGACGGAACCAAUCUUCCCGGCGACGCCUGUUUGGUCUUAACUACUGACCCCAAACCUCGUCUCCGGUGGACGGCGGAGCUUCAUGAGAGGUUCGUCGACGCCGUCACUCAGCUCGGCGGUCCCGACAAAGCAACGCCCAAAACUAUCAUGAGAACAAUGGGAGUGAAGGGUCUCACUCUCUACCACCUCAAAUCACAUCUUCAGAAAUUUCGCCUAGGGAGGCAAGCUUGCAAAGAAUCAACUGAGAACUCCAAAGAUGCUUCUUGUGUUGGGGAGAGUCAGGACACAGGUUCAUCUUCAUCAUCAUCACUGAGACAAGCAGCGCAAGAGCAGAACGAAGGUUACCAAGUCACUGAAGCUCUACGCGCUCAGAUGGAAGUCCAAAGAAGACUACACGAGCAACUAGAGUAUGGGCAGGUGCAACGGAGACUCCAGCUCAGGAUAGAGGCACAAGGGAAGUACCUACAAUCGAUUCUGGAGAAAGCUUGCAAGGCCUUCGACGAGCAAGCCGCUGCUUUCGCUGGACUCGAGGCAGCAAGGGAAGAGCUAUCAGAGCUAGCCAUCAAAGUCUCCAACAGCUCUCCAGGAACAACGGUGGUCCCUUUCUUCGAUGCAGCGAAGAUGAUGAUGAUGCCAUCUUUGUCCGAGCUUGCAGUAGCAAUAGACCACAAGAACAACAUCACAACCAACUGUUCUGUAGAAAGCUCACUUACUUCCGCCACAAACGGGAGCUCGGUUUCUGCUGCUUCGAUGAAGAAACGGCAUCGUGGAGACAGUGUGGGUGUUGGGUAUGAAGCUGGCUGGAUGAUGCCUAGUAGUACCAUUGGAUAAAGUAGGAAAGAAAGAAAUCAAUUUGGAGAAAGAUAGAGAUAAGAUUAACUUAACUCUUCUUUACUUUGCUUUGGGGUGGGAGAUUGUAUUAUUCGAUACAAAACUUGUCAUCAAAAUUUCAUUUUAGCCCUACUCAUGUAUAUAUUUUGAUGUUGAAGCUUUAACUUUGUGCAUUAUUGUUUAUUGUAUUCAAGUGAAAGCGGUUCAAGGCAGAAACUAUAAAGAAACAAAAAAAGAUAUUAUAAAAAAAAUUGACAUAAAAUGAUGAAAGUGCCACCAAAGUGUGGUUGGUACUAUUCGUAGUGCCUUUCUUCAUGAUUCUUUAUGCUUUACUUAAUCUUCUACGCUUUGUUCCUCUAAUCCAUCUUUACUACGAACAUCAAAAUCAACAUUAGUGAGUUCUUGUUUUUUUCGUAAUUAAUCUAUCUUUCUGGUGUUUCUUUGGCUUAAUACAUAGUUUUGAAAUAAGCAAAACUGUUUCGGAAGUAUGCUCUGCUGCUGUGUUAACUCGAAGAUCAACAAGAAGUAUGCUGAGCUGGACGCGAAGCUUGAACGGAAAAUGGUGGAGAGCCGGAGGAAUUAUCCGGGACACCGGAGUUUGAAGUCCAUGGAUUCGAUAAUCAUGAAGUUUCCUAAGCUAAGAGAAGGAUUAAGAAACAUCAGAAGCGUUUUCGAAUCAUACGAUAAAGAUGAAAACGGGACAAUCGAUAUGGAGGAGCUGAAGAAAUGUUUAGAGGAACUAAAGCUGAGUUUGUCUGAAGAAGAAGUGAAAGGUUUAUAUGGAUGGUGUGAUGUUGAUGGAAGCAAAGGGAUACAGUUUAAUGAGUUUAUUGUCCUUCUCUGUCUUAUUUAUCUUCUUGCAAAACCUUCCUCUGAAUCUUGCUCGGAGUCGAGAGAGAUGGAUACUCCGAAGUUGGUUGAAUCUAUAUUUGAUCCGAUAGUUGAAGUGUUCUUGUUCUUGGACAAAGAUGGUAAAGGGAAACUGAACAAGGCUGAUGUGAUAAAGACAUUGAAUAAUGAAGACUAUCCUCUAGAGAGAUCUCCUUCACAUGUCACCAACAUGAGAUUCGAAGAAAUGGAUUGGGGAAGAAAAGGGAAAGUGGGUUUUAGAGAGUUUUUAUUUGCUUUCAUUAGUUGGGUUGGUCUUGAUGAUGCAGAUGAUUAUAUGAGCAGCUAAGAAAACAACACUUUUAAAACCAAUAAUUUCAUAAAUCUUUACGUCUAGAAACAAUGGUUUAUUAUGAACUAAUCUACUGUGAUCAAAAUGAUGGUUUAUUAUGAACUAAUCUAUUGUGAUCAAAGUGAUUAUGUAAGCUUGUUUUUUUUUUUUUUUUCAAAAUACUAAAUUCACCAACGAGAUAUUUUAAUCUAUUUAAACAAAAACACAACUAAUAUAAAUUGAAAUUACAAAUCCAAUAACACCAAUUGUCACUUCUACUCAUUCUAUUUCUGAAGAAGCAAUGUUGGAAAAAUAUUCUUCGCAUAAAGUUCAUUGCUCCAAGAUAAUUUAUAUGCUCUUCUGCCUUCGGGAUCUAACUCUUUUAUUCCUUGGUUUCUUCAGGUAAACGAAACAAUAAUUUUUUUUAGAAAUUCAUACUCUUUGGGAAGACCAGUUUUCAAUCAUUGGGAAGAAAUAUCUUGG